CUGGCGCCGUGUCGACGCUUAACUUUUGAUAAGCGGUAGCCCCGUUUUGGUUAACUGCAUGAAGUUGGACCCACUUAAUCUACAAAGAUACAUGUAGGUGAUUCAUUGCGUGAAAGUUGUUUUGCUGGGAAUAUGCAUCGCUUCUAAGUUCUCGUCAUUUGCUCGUGGGAAAUCAGCACUACGUACUUAUAUCCAGUUUUCUACUGGCGUGACACAGCUUACAUUCUGCCCAUCAACAUGCUGAAAGUCUUGAAACAUCACCUGAUUACAGGGUUCAAACAAUACCCAUCUAUCCUCUGUGUUACCUGUGGUAUUACUCAGAGAAAAUGCCAUGCAGUGUCAAAGAAAGAUGAGUUGCCCUGGCAACGUGACCACUACAAACAUUUCUUAGCCAUACAGACGAGAUGGUCCGACAAUGAUCAGUAUGGACAUGUCAACAAUGUGAUUUACUAUUCCUAUUUUGACACCAUCAUCAACCAUUAUCUCAUCAAAUGUUGUGGUCUGAAUACAGAUCUCAAAACGUCCAACAUAGUGGGCUAUAUGGUUGACACAAAGUGUAUCUACAGGACCCCAAUAAGCUUCCCCGAGGUUGUUCUAGCAGGACUGUACAUUUCCCAUAUUGGCCGAUCCAGUGUGCAUUACACUGUUGCUAUUUUCCCAGAACUCUCUGAGCAAGCAUCAGAUGAUCAUCCACAUCUCAGCAAGUGUGGUAUAAGUUCUCAGACAGAUCAAGUGAUAUUGACAAAACACUCAUCCACUGCUUGUGCUGUUGGGCAGUGUGUGCAUGUUUUUGUGGAUACUGAUUCAAACAAACCUGUACCAUUACCAGAUAAUUUCAGAGCAGCCCUUGAGAAAAUUGCAGUGGUGAAAGAUACAACACGCAGCAAACUUUAACUUCAGAAAGCCUUCAGAUGAGCAAUAAUGAAAAAGGUCUUUGGAUUUUUUAUUUUGCCCAAUUCUUUGGAAUAGAAAACAUGUUUAUGAAAGGGCAACACUUUCCAACAAAAGCAUUUGCUUUGAUAAAAAAACUUCCUAACUUGAGUACAUAUACACUUAAACAUGUGUUAAACUUAUGGGGAGGAGUUCUUUUGUUGGGAAUUUUAGGACCAAUUUGUGAUGAACAGUGUUUGUCCGGGUAGCUUUUGUCUUCAUACAUGUACAUGUAUAUGAGCAAUGUACCCUGGUACAUGUACAUGUAACAAGCCCAUUGAUACCGGUAAUGUGGUUUGCAGAGACACCAUGUUACCUAUCUCUUCCAUGAGCAGGUGUUUGGCCGUGAAACGCGCCCAAAAUUCCACUCAGAAAAUGGUUUUUGUGGCACCCGACUUGGAACUACACAAAACUAGCUUACAGAUUAAUUUUUAAUUUUAAAUGAGGGGAGUCCAGUGGUGAAUGUUAUCAUUGCGACAAAAGGGUACAAAAGGGUGAAAUUUGCCUUGAGAAUAUGCCAGUUUCUGCAUGCAUCAUUACGCAUAUUGUAUACACCAGUCAAAACAAUGCUACUCUGGUUACCCGACCUGAUGUAUCUGACUAUUGCCCUUCGAUUGUAUAAAGAGUUGUCUGGGAGUCUUUAUGUCCUGGAACCACACUAAAACUUCAUUUAGGAAAAUAACUGGCAACAAACAUGUAGGCCUAAUUGCAAAACUUACAGUUUAUGGAUAUGUUUCUGUAAUAUAAAGUUUUUAUUUCCAACCAUCCUAUUAUAUCAAAUCUGCUUGCUUUAAAGAAAAAUACAAAGAAUGUGAUAGAUUUUAAAAAGUCUUCACAUUUGUCAUGUUUGCACUUAAGACAACGGGCAUCUGAAGUAAACAAAAUCAAGUCAUGUUGUCAUGGUUUGUGUAACCAAAUUUAAAUUUGACUGUUAACAUUGGGCACCUAAAUGUAAAAGGAAAAGAUAUUGUACCACGGUGUGUCAAACAACUUUAAUAAUGAUUUUAUGAAUCAAUGCAAUGGUUUGUAUACCUUGCAUUAAUUCCUAAAUUAAAAUUCUUAUCAAUAGACUUGUUUUAUCCUCCAAGUUUCAUCAAAGCAGGAUCAAAAUUAACGGUGCACCCUUAUAACAUUACACUGUAUUUCACACUGUUUAACGAGUUAAAAUUCUGUACUUUCAUGCAAAUUGCGAUUAGAAUGCAAAACCUUGACACAUUAAUGAGCAUAAGAGAAAGCAUAUUGCAACUGGGCAUGUUAGAAAAGUGUUAAGGAUCAUUUUUGGAAGUACAGUUACUGUACGUUCAAUGACGGACUUGACCUGAAUUUCAAACAAAUUAAUACAUGCAUGUACCGGUUGCCUUUUGUAUGGAUAAUGUCAUCAUACAAUUUUAAAGCUUUACAUAGAUUUGUGAGAUCUCUGGUUUUAAUGACCAAACGAAGAGUUGACUGCAUCUCGAGUGCACAGGGACGGAUCCAGGAUUUUUUGAAUGGCUGGGGGCCUGGUGCAGGAUUUCCUGAAAGGGGGCAUGAUCUAAGGCAGCAAUGGUGAAACACCUGCAAGCACGAAACCCUAACAGCAUGCCGGCCCCUCCGGAAAUUGUGGGCUGAGGUGCUCUGCAGCAGUGCAAUUUCAGGCAGUAUACAUGAACCCCGUAGUAUAGUAUGAACCCCGCUUUUAUCUUCUCCCUCCCCAUUUUUCCUCUUUUUAGUUAGUUUAAGUUUUUAGUAAUUGUUUUGGAGAAGGGGGGGUACGUGUGCCCCCACAUCCCCUGUGGAUCUGCCCCUGGUACACUUACAUGAACAUAAAAGAAAAUCUAUGAAUGCUGUUGUGAAGUUUAUGGACUUCACCUGAAUUUCACAGAUAUUAAAAGCAAUGGAUGUACAUGUACCAGUUACAUUUUGCAUGGCGAUGAACAACAAUGACUCUUCUGCAUGACCUAUUUAGACUAAAAUUUCAUCCUCUUACUUUAUACGAUUAUUGUAUUUAAAACAGUUUCACAGGUUCUUUAAGAAACCAGAAGUGCAGUUGACUACAAAAGCUUAGUACAUAAGCCUGAACGACAGUAAAUUAAAUCCUGGUGUAUUAAAAACGUAAGGAUUCGGGUUGUGAAAUACAGGUUAAACAUAUUAAAAUGAGCAAAGAUGGAAUCAAUUUGAGUUUCAUCACAAGUUACCACGUUUCAAAUAUAUUUUGUAUGGAUACAACAAG